AUGACUAAUUCUCAAGUUCAAGAUUAUUUAUUUCCAACUGUUGGCAGUGGAAUAACACCAAGCAUAACAACUAUUACUGGAGAAACAAGUGGAAUAGCCACAGGAACAACAACAACAACCUCUACAACACCAUUUCCACCAACAACUUCAUCAUCAACAUCAACAAAAUCAUCAUCAUUACUUAUUGCAUCAACUUUGUUGUCAUCAACAUCAAGCAAGGCAAGUGAUGAUAAUAAUUCAUCAUUAUUACAUUGUUCAAUGAAAUCUCCUCAAGAAAACUUAAUCAACCAUCAUCAUCAUUGCAAUGAAUUAUUAUUAUUAUUAUCAUCAUCAUCACCGCCACCGAAUUCAAUGAAAUCAUUUGAUACAAGAUCUUUUAAUGCAUAUGAUGAUGAUGAUGAAGAUGAAGAUGAGAAUGAUAUUGAUGAAGUUAGAAUUUUUCACGAUGAUAAUGAUGGCGAUGAUGACGCUAAUGCUAAUAUUACCACUGAUCAAGAGACUAGUAGUUGUGGAGCUGUUAAAGAAAUAUCUUUAAAUGCUGAAAGAAAAGACUCUCCUAUUCCACGAUCUCCUACUAUUGAUUCUUCAUGUUUAUUAUUAUCUUCAUCACUAUCAUCGUCUUCUGUACUCUUGACACCUUUACACAUAUCUAAAGAGUCAUUUACACCUGGAUUAUUAUGUUAUGAACAACAGGAGAAGAAGGAGGAAGAGGGUGAUGAAGAGGAGGAGAAAUCAUGUGAAGUUAACGGAAUUUAUUGUCCUACAACAAGUGAAAGCUCUACACAUUCAUCAUUAUCAAUAUCAACUGUGUCACUUCAACACCAACACCAACAACAACACACCCAAAAUCAUCGUCAACAUCAUCAUUCCUUAACUGAAAAUUAUUAUUAUACAACUCCUCAACAAGAUAGCUGUCAAAAUCAAUUCAUUCAGAGAAAAGACAAAUCAAUCAAUCAAGAAAUAACUACAGCCUUAUCAUUAAAUGAUUGUAAUCGGAGAAUCAGUCUUAAAAAUGAUCAAAAUCAAAACCAAGGUAAAGUCGCUACACAUAAACAAGGGAAUUUAAAACAAAAUUCAAUAAAUAAUGAUCAUGGUAAACAGUCAUGGAAUAAUAAUGAUGUUGUCUACAAAAAAAGGGCAAGUGAUAAACAUCAGGUUGCUAAGACUGAAAAAAAUAAUAAUGAUGAAAUUAUAAAUUGUGGUGAUGAAAAUUCACAACGACGAAAAACACUACGUAAACAACAAAGUCAUUGUCGGUCAAUGAGUAGUCCAAAGAUAUGUAAAAGAACAGAAGUCAUCCGAUCAGGUACCACGCAUGGUGUCGGUGACGGCGUUCAAGAUGGAACAACAGAUUCAUUAUGUCGUGUUAAUAAUAAUUUCAAGAUACUACAUACUUCUACAUAUAAUUCAAUUGGUCAACCACAACGUACUAAAACUCCAGUAUCAUCGUCAUGUUGUAGUAAUAAUGAACAAAAGCCUGAACAAAAAAACAGUUCAUCAUCAUUAUUAUUGUCAUCGUCAUUAUCAUCAUCGUUUAUGAAAGAUAGAAGAGCAAUAUCUAAAGCAGCAGAUGAAAAACGUUGUGCUAUAAAACAAGCUCAUCUGUUAGCUUCUGAAGAAGCAGUCAUUCUAGCUAGACAUAAAGCAUCUGAGCGUAGAGAGGCUAAAUUAAUGGAAAUACGUCAACGUUUAAAAGUUAGACAUGAACAAGUUGAAGCAAGAAGGAGAGCUAUUGAAAUGGCUGAACAGCAACGUCUUCAUCAGCUGGCUAAACAACUUCAUUGUGAUUAUUAUCAUCAUCAUUAUACUCAUACUCAUCAUUCACAUGCUCCACAACUCCCUCAGCAACAACAGUCCAAUAAAUCAACAUUUAAUAAUCGACCAGAAUCAUCUUUAAGUCAGCGUAAAGCCAUUCACAACAAUAGUACAAAAGUAUUACCACCACCACCACAAACAACAACGACAACAAUGGCGACGACAACGACAAUGACGACAACGACGAUAACACCGUCGACUGCAACAAUGACACAGUCAACAAUAACAACAGCAACAACACCAUCAUUUCCAGUUGGUUUUGGUUCUAGUACACCAAGAUAUGUAUGUUAUACAAGUAAAGAAAUCAUGGAUUUAAAACAUCAUGGUGAAACAGGUCUAGUCAUGAUGACAAUGAUGAAUACAAAUAAUAAUAGAAAUAAAUACUACUACUGCUGUUAUUCAAAGUCAACUAUAUCAUCAGAAAAGAAUAAACAACGUGUGAGUGGAUCGCAUUUAUCAAAGUUUAAUUGUAGACAUCCAUAUUCAGCAGUUAGUGGCGGCAGUCGAGGUGUCGGUGGUGGUGGUGUUGGUGAUGGUAACGUGAAGAGUCGACAACAGAAUUCUUAUUGUUCAAUUACUCGUUUAGAUAAACGAUUAACUAGAUCUGCAUAUCAACAUAUUCCUGCCAAUCAUACUACAACUACUAACACUACUACUACUAAUACUGCCAGUAAUCCUAGUAGUAUGUAUGAUUGGAAUAGUUUAUCCUUCCGUAUUGGUCAUUAUCCCCAGAUUGAUAAUGAUGAUGAUGAUAGAACAUCAAUUGAUAGUGGUCAGUUAACAAAUCGAACAGAUCAAUCAAUUGAAAAUAUAUUUCUACCUAGUGAUGCUGUUCCUGCAUAUCGUACAAAUCGUAGUCGCACUUCUACUGCACCUACUGUCCCUGCUUCUGUUGCUCCUAAUACUGCCACUACUGUCAUUACCAAUAGUCAACAUUUGGGCGAUUCAAUUCAUUCAGAUAUUUCAUAUUCACUUAAUACUGACUCAUCAUUUGCAUCGCAGAAAAUUUGUACAAAUACUAGAAAGCUGAAUAAAGUUAAUAAUAAGGUUAUACAUACGAAUUUGCUAAACAAUAAACAACUGCCAGCAUCAACAAAUUCUUCAAAAUGUCAAAAAUCUACAAAACAAUCAUCGAAUAGAAGACGGUCGACCUCUUUAGCAUCAACAUUCACAACGACAACGCAUAAAUCAAGACAAUCAUCAUUAUAUGAAAACAAGAGUAGCAAGAGAUGUAAAACAACAAUUAGCGUUAAUUCAUCACAGAAAUCUGCUGUGCCUACUUCUACUUCUUUUAAUACUACUGCUACUGCUACUACUACCGCUACUGCCUGUCCUAUUCGUAGAAAACAUACUUCCAUGGAUUGUAAAAGGUCAAAUCAUCGAAAUAAUGUUGAUAAAAGUAGGAAUUAUCAGAGACAAAAAUCAGCAACAAUUAGCAAUCAAACACCAAUUACUACUAGUAGUAGUAGUAUAAAGCAUAAACCAAUAAGCACUUCAAAUAUUAGUAGUAGUAUAAACAGACAAAAGUCAGCAAGUAAGAAAGCAGUUGUUUCUACAAAGGUGGUAAAAUCAACGGGGACAACAAUGACCACUACUACUCAAAAAGAAUGUGUGAAUUCAAAGCCUCCUCCAUCAGUAGGCAAUAAUCAUUAUGAAGUGGUAGUCAAUCCUUUUAUUGAAGAAAUCAUCGAAAAUUCUAUCAAUUCAAUAAAGUCAAAAACAUCAAAUCAGUUGACCACCAAUACACAACAAUCUAAUAAAAUUGUAAAUAGAAAGGAUAGAUUAAAAUUACCAUUAUCACCAAACACCACCACUACGACUACUUCGCCUACUACAACCAUAUCUAUUGUUUCUACAAAUUCCUCAUCCCCUUCAUCAGUAUUGUCUCCAUCAGCAUCAUCGUCAGUUCCUUACUCAACAACAACAUCAUCAUCAUUAUCAACGAACACAAUAAUCCCUAAUAAUAGACCAAUGAUAAAUACAGCUGUUUAUACAAGUCCUGAUAGUAAUACUACAUCAUCUAUGACGCUUAAAACACAAUCUACUACUCUUAUGAGUACAAUAUCAGCAUCAACACCAUCAUCCUCAUCCUCAUUGGCAUCAUCCCCGUCAUCCGUAAUACCAGAAGUACAAAAACUAUCCGUAAUAACAACGAUAUCGGCAACACUGAAACCAACCGAUAUUAUUACAGUCACCUCUUGUUCAUCGCCUCCUCUAUUAACAAUUUCAUAUGAUCCAAUAAUAACUGAAAGUGUACAAUGUAAUAAUGAUAUUAUGCUAUAUGAACAACCAAUUAUUAUAUAUCCUAAUGAUAAUGAUAAUUAUUCGCAAUGUGAAAUCAAUCAACCUAUAAUGAUAAUGAAUAGUACUACUAUUAGUAGUAGUAGUAGUAGUACUACACUGUUGCCAAAUAAUGAAAUUAAACAAGAAGUUUUAAUUCAACAAUCAUUUUAUGAUAUACAAUCCCGAGUAAAUCAUAAAACAAAUAAAAGCGAAGGAGAUGAUGAAGCUGACGGAAAACUUCAAUCUCAGAGUUGUCAAUUAAGCCUCAUCAAGGAUCCAUAUGAUAAACCUAUUCAAAUAGUACAUCCAUUACACAAUAAUAAUACUAAACAGUUAAAUAAAGAUGACACUACCGCUAGUACCACUACUACUACUACUAUCAUGCAACAAUCUGCUGGUCGAUUAAUCAUUUCAUUAUCAACAGAAUUAGCUGAAAGAGAAGCACGUAAAAAACGCUUAGAAGGUAUUAUGUCACGUAUAAAAUUACACACCAAGAAUGCAAAUAUUGAAAGACAACAUUCCCAACCACAACCACAACCACAAAUGCAACUGCAACAACAACUCGUUGAUACACAAACAAAUCAACAACUUCUAUCGAGUGAACAAAAUGCAAUGGAAGUACACCGACGACAACUACAAGACGAAGAAGAAGACAAAGAAAAAGGAAAAGUUAAAGAGACUCCUAAUCUUACUUUCAUGAGAUGUUCUUCUACAAUUGAAACACUAUCAAAUGAACGGAAAUCCUCUACAUCAUCAAGUGAUCUAUUAUAUAAUUCUCAAGAGAAUAAAACAAAUUUAUUGAAGGCGUCUAAUUCAACAAAUCAUAUAAAUCAUAUAGCAGCAGAUGAACAAUUACGUCAUCAUCAUCAAAACAAGAAUACAGAUCAAUUGGUGAAUUUAACUAGAUCCACAUAUCAAUCCAGUGUUCACAAUGAUCAUCAUGAUGAUCAUGAUAAUGAUGACGAGGAUGGGAAAACACGGAUGCGGCGAGAUCGUGCUAGUAUUGUAGCGAAUAUGUUAGCCUCUGGACGAUUGGAUAGAAAAAGUCGUGCAGCUGAAAUAUUGAUUACAAUGUUAUCUAAAAAACAAUUAAAUUCUACUGAAAAUAAUAAUAGUAAUAAUAAUAAUGAACAAUAAAAUUACAAUGAAUUAUACUAAUUGACCAAUAAAAUCCAUCAUCAAGUUCAAAUAAUACUGAAUAAUACUAGAAAAAGAUGAAAUCUAACUUACUUUCUUCACCGCCAACAUCUACAGUAUAUUCACUGUAAACUAUAAGAGCGCACUGGGAAUCGAACAAUGGGUACGUACGUACAUACGCACACCCUACUACUACUAUUACUAGUCAACAACUAAAGUGUCCAUGAUAUACAAUAAUGCUAGAAAUAAAAAUAUAUAUGCUAGACACAUUAUCCUGAUGACAUAUUAUUAUUAUUAUUAAAAACAUUAUUUAAAGAGGCCAAACUAGCAUACCCCACACACAUAAACACAUACAAACAUCCACAGACGCCCAGAAUAUUAUACAUAUGUACCCGUAAAACCAAAACAUUGGCAAUGUAAUAUAGAAAAAACAGAGCAAGGAAAUGACAUCAUUGAAAAAAAACGCACACUUAAAUUGUAUAAAAUUAUUUUACUUUUCUUUCUUCUUUUUAAAUUCUGUAUUUUUGUUUGUUUCUGUGAAACGAAACGAAACAAAAAAACGAUUUUAUUUUCACUUUAACAAUAACAACGAGGUCAGUAACAAAAACAGCACCAACAAGAAUAGAGGAAGAACAAUAGAGGAUCAUAUCCCAUAAUAACUACCAUACACCAACAACACAUAAAACUUCUGUUUCCUUUAAUACAAUCACUCACUCACUCACUCUUCAAUGAUUUUAUACAUCAUUGAAAAUUUUCUUUAUUGUAUUUAAUAUUAAUAUUAUUAUUAUUAAUCUC